UGUGAGAGCAAUACAAUAGUUUAAUAGUUAAUAGUUUUUUUUUUAGUAUAUUCAAUUACAAACUAUGGCCCAACAACAACAGAAACCAUCUACCUCAAAUUCUAACGAAUCAACGAAAACCUCCAGUCCUCCCUAUACACAUUGGAUCCAUUGUAAUCGUUGCUAUGAGCAGUACAUAAACAAAGCUCGGCAAUUUUAUUUGCUCGCCUGUAAUCAUGUAUGCUGUCAUGAAUGCAUACAAAAUAUCAGCGAAACUACGGUUAAUGGUCCACAAAUUUAUAAAUGUCCCAUGUGUGGUAGAUCAACACGGGCAUGCAAAUUGGGCAACGAUAUGCCGGCACACCUCAAGGAACUUUUUCAUCCAGAACCCUCUUUGGAUGGUUUGAACACAUAUCGCAUAAUGAUGUUUCAAGAGAAACAUCGCCAUCGUUUUAUGGAUCAUCUAGACAGAGAGUAUUCUGCUAUACGGGAACGUAAAAAGGAGGCGAUCAGAAUCAAAGAACAGGCGAAAAAACAUUAUCAAGAACUGGGAGAACUGAAGACAGAACGUAAGGAAUUAGAAAAGCGAGUAAUUGCCAUAAAUCAUCAGCGCAAGGAAUUGGAAGAAAAAAGAAAAUUGAGACCAAGUCAAAAACGAUCAAACUCAUCCGAUUCCACCAGUCAUUCGUCAGGAUCUAAAACGUUACUAGCUCCGCCAGCUAAAAACUUCAAUAAUAGUGAAGGCAUAACAUCAUUCACCCAUCAUACCAGCAAUCAUUCAUUUAUGUUAUAG